ACUUUAUCCAAUAAUCUAGGCCAAAUCAAUUAUACCUUGGUUAAGAAGUAUCAAAUGAAAUUAUUUAUGGAAUAUUACUCGUCAAUUAAUAGUUGUAUAAGAUCAGUUGGCCGAUAGAUAUUAACUCCAAGUUCACCGUAUGUAAAACUUAGAGCUUUAUCAAUCAAGUAUAACACAAAUCAUCGUUGUACAAGUCCACUGUAGCGUAAUCAAUAUUGAGAUAUAAUUUAUUGACCCAUAGAAAGGUAAUGGCCAAAAAUCCCAAAUAUGAUCGUUUAACAUGCUUCUUUUACUCACUGAAGCAAACGAGCCAUCGCCUAUGAUGCACAAUUUUCACAUAACAACAUACAUGUGGGUGUGAUAUUACUACAUAGAACCUGACAUUGUACCAUAAAAGCAUUAAGCUAGAGCCAAGAAACCAAGUGGUUCAUUAUAGCUCUUCACGAAGAUAUGGGGUAUAAGUUAGAUAUCUUCUGUUUGCAAUCAUGGCAACAGAAGCAUCCUAGAGACAUUUUGUUUAUACCACUCGAUUAAUGUAUUAGAUGUUUGAAACCUGUUCAGUUUUUUCGAGGUCAAAUGUACUUCUGAGCUUCUUAAGAACCAACUGUCUCCAAGGUAUGGGUGUAGAAGAUGAGAUGAAGCGAGGUUUCUGCCCCCGUUCAUCUAUAUGUUUUGAAUAUCCUCAGUCAAGUAUGAUACGUUCAUUAAAAAAGAGAAGAAAUAUGAUAAAAAAUACAGGACUUUGCGAGAAGAUAAUGGCUGAAACGAUACUGCAAGAAAAAGAGACGACCUUUCCUGAAAAAGAUUAUGGUGAUAAUAAGAAAGAAUCCAAAGAAACAUGUGUUGUUAAAACACUUCGAGAUGCGAAAACUAGUAUUUCACCGUUGUCUCUUCAAAAGGAGUGCUUCCCAAGAAAAACCCACAAAGCUACAAAUCGCCAGGUGUAUUGUGAAAGACGUCUGCCGAACAGUUAUCCAGAUAUGGCAAAAAAUUGCACAGAAGAUAUAUCUUUUCUACUUUCACAUAUUUUAACAGACGGUAGCUCUCAGUCAGUAAAUGGAAAGCAAUCUAUUGAUUACCAUAUAUCCACUGAAAUCCCAGAACAAACAUUCAUUCAAAAACCAACAAAUCCUAUCAAUGUUGCAUCCAAAGAGAACGAUGAAGUGAUUCAACAAAUGGGCAAACCUUUAUCUGGUUCAGUUCAGAAUGUCAAUAGACUUAAUAGUCCAGCUUCAAAAGCUUCUAAGUCAAUUCAGUGCUCAAUUGACAAACCAACUACAAAUUCUGUUGAAAUUCAUUGUGAUAUUUUAAGCGUAACUAAAAAUGAUGAUUUUUCAUUUGUUCUUGAUGAGAACAGUAAACUAAUUGCUCAGCAGAAAGCACACAUUGAACAUUUAAAACAUGCUCUGUCAUCGGAACAAAAUAAAGUUCACGGUCUAAAUAGUCAGUUGUGUAAAAAUCAACUUGAAUUUGACAAAGCUAGAUUAAACUGGUUGCAGAAAGAAAAUCAGUUUAAACUAGAAAAGGACCGGUUUCAUAGAAAGAUCUCUGUUGUAGUCAUCGCUAAACAACAAGUAUCAAAAAAUCUUGAAAUUUCACGCGAAUAUAUAAAACUUUUGAAAGAACGCAUUUCUAUGUUGGAACAGUUUUAUUCGAAUAUAAUUCCGAAUCCACUUAACUCAAAGCAUUCUUCACAAAAAAGAUCUGACUAUUUUCCAACAGAGCGAACGAAUUGUAAACGGUAUCUAAAAAAUAUUGAUUCAAUUAGAUCAACGCCAGAUUUAUCAGCUACUUUUCCUACCUUAAGUAAACUUCUUUUUCUCAGUAGUGAGUAUCAAGAUCCUCGUAAAUGUGUAACACCAAAGGUUCUUCAGCGUCUAUCUAAUCAAUCAUGUCAAACGGACAAACGUGUUCACAACUACAGUCGUUGCGGCACGAACGAACUACAAAAUACAACCAGUCUCGACAAGUUAUGUGAAGAUGAUCGUAUUUCGGUGCAUUCAACGUCUUCAAGUUCGAACGACAUCCGAAAAACAGUUAAUCAGCAAGAAAUCACAGAGCUUGAUGAUAAAUGUUCCUUAUCUUCUAGUGUAACUUCCAGUAUUCUCCCACCUCAGAUGAUUGACGAAAUGGAGUUUCGUGACAACUUAGCUCUUCUGGAUAAGCGGAUUAACAAUGUUCGGGAGUCACUCAGAUUGAACCCUGUGAUUUAAAAAUAUGUACACAAUUGACCGUUCGAAUAAACUGAUAAAACCGUAGGUAUACAACCUUACAGAUAUCCUUUUCAUUUGACUGAAAUACAAUUACAUGAAUUUGCUAAUACUGUCUACAUGUUUGUAUAUCCACUGUUUACUACCAUGUUAUCUUACUAAGUAACUUGAAAGUCUGAGUUAAGAAAACCACCUCCAAUUAUUUUGUCACUAUUUAGCUGGUAUAGGAUACCAUCUUUCUCUGUAAGAGUUAAUAUUAUCUCGGACCACGAGUCUAGAACAGCAACCUUUUACAUGACUGCUACAUAGUAGUAUGAAUAUAUGAGCACUCACUUUUUUUACUUUUACUUUGCUUACGCCUGUUACUUCCAAUGGAGCCGACGACCAGCAUUCUCCAACUCACUCUGUCCUGGGCCUUCUUUUC